UUUUAGAAGCCAGAGCUUAAAGCGGCCUUUAAAGUCAGGCCUUCCCUCCUAUUACUCUGUUCAAUUUAUGCUCAUUCCAGAUUCUCUGGUAUCAACUGAUUUGCUCCAGGAAUCUUUUAAGUUGAAGCUCGCGGAAUGAACGACCUGUUCUCCGGCUCGUUCUCCCGCUUCCGCGGCGAGCAAGUCUCUCCGGACAACCAGCACCACGUCAUCCAGAUGACGGACACGUCGCCGUCGAGGGACGGAGUCAACCUCGACAAAUUCUUCUCGGAAGUGGAGUCCGUCAAGGAGGAGCUCAAGGAGCUGGAGAGGCUCAACCAGAGCCUCCGUGGAUCCCAGGAACAGGGCAAGACCCUUCACACCGCCGAAUCCGUUAAGGAGCUUCGGUCUCGCAUGGACGCCGACGUUGCCCUAGCCCUCAAGAAAGCUAAGCUCAUUAAGCUCCGCUUGGAAGCACUGGACCGCUCCAACGAAGCCAAUCGGAUCUUGCCGGGCUGCGGACCCGGCUCUUCGUCCGACCGGACGCGGACCUCCGUCGUAAGCGGAUUGAGAAAAAAGCUGAAAGACUCCAUGGACAGCUUCAACAACCUGCGCCAAAAGAUAUCCUCGGAGUACAGAGAAACCGUGCAACGCAGGUACUUCACUGUCACCGGCGAGAAUCCCGACGACAAAACCAUUGACCUGCUCAUCUCCACUGGUGAAAGCGAGACAUUCUUGAAGAAGGCAAUACAAGAACAGGGGAGGGCGAGCAUUGUGGAGACGAUAAAGGAGAUACAAGAGAGGAAUGACGCAGUGAGGGAGAUAGAGAGGAAUCUGAAUGAGCUGCACCAAGUGUUCAUGGACAUGGCCGUGUUGGUGCAGUCGCAAGGCGAACAAUUGGACGACAUAGAGAGCCACAUGGCUCGAGCUAAUUCCUUCGUAAGGAGUGGAGUUCAGCAGCUUCACGUUGCUAAGAAUCACCAGAAAAACAGCCGCAGAUGGACCUGUUUUGCCAUCUUACUGCUUCUCAUUGUCGUCUUGGUUAUACUUCUCCCCAUGCUUCUCAGAAACUGACUCAUUCCGAUGCUAUAAGAUUACACACACACACACACAGACAGUUCUUUAAUUAAUCUUUGUUUUGACGGUGUGCAUAUUUUGGCUGGCCUUUCUUCUACCAGCAGCCGCAUGCUCUGUUCUUCAAGUUCUUCCUCUGCUAACGGAACGUUUGCUGAAUAGUUUUUGUGUGAUCGAAA